AUGAUGGCGCUCUGCGUCAAUUUGCUUGAAGAGUUUAUCGCUCUCUCUGAUGGGAUGAUCGUUUUGGCCUCCUGGAACUACUUCUCGAGGCUUUGGUGUGUCUACGAAUGGGUGUGUGGCUUGCUGAUCCAUAGCGCCAUGGAGAUUGAGAUCCUGGCAGAUCCCUUCAUUCGUGACUCCACCGUCGAAGCUUGGUUUCCACCAGCGGCGCGGGAACGAACGCCGAACGCCUCUCGUUGGUGGAUUUCGCCAUGGCGGUUUUUGGAAGAACACUGGGGUAGCUCGGGUAGCUAUUGA